CCAAAGUUCCCAAGCCUGUGCACAUUCAUCAGAUUAUAAGAGCAAACGAGAACCUCAAUGGCAUGCAAUCUGCAUACCGAAGUCCUCACACCAACACCAGAAUGGCAAUGGGAGGAGGAUCACAUCUGCAGGGGCACCGGGCGCCGAGGCUGUUCGGCCGGGAAAGGCCCGUCCAUGCCGCCCUGGGUGGACGCGAAGCGGCGGACAUCAUCCUGUGGAGGAGGCCGAGGGCGUCGGCAUCGAUCCUCGGCGCGGCGACGGCGGCGUGGGCGCUGUUCGAGGUGGCGGAGUACCACUUCCUGACGCUGGCGUGCUACGCCGCCAUGAUCGCCAUGCUCACCUUCUUCAUCUGGACCAACGCAUCCGCUUUCAUGAACCUGCCGGUCCCAAGGAUCCCGGAGACGAUCCUGUCGGAGAGGACGGCGAAGCAGGUGAUCCUCGGCCUGCACCGGCGGCUCACCUGGUUCGUGCACCGGCUGUACGCCAUCGCCUGCGGCGAGGACGUCAAGAAGUUCAUCAUGACGGUGGUGUCCCUCUACAUCGCGUCGGUCGUCGCCACCUGCUUCAGCUCCCUCACCCUGCUCUACCUCGUUGUGGUGUGCACGAUGACGGUGCCGGCGCUGUACGAGCGGUACGAGCACGAGGUUGACCACCUGGUGGCCACGGGGGCGCGCGACGUCCGGACGCACUUCGCCAAGAUGGACUCCGGCGUGCUCCGGAAGAUCCCCAGGGGCAAAGGUGCCACCACCGCCAACAACACCGUGCACGGGUGGCAUCGCUCGCACGUCAACUAAUCCCAAGCCAACAACAUGUUACCACCAAUCAAUCAAGGUUCAGAAGAAAGAGGCCUCAAGGAACCAACAUGCACGCAGAGAGAUGUUGGUUCGGGUUCAGAAUAAGACCUGGGUGUAAAGUGUUCCAUUAUUGUUACUGCAUACAGUUCAUGAUCAUGCGUGCACAUCCGUCCGUGAUCUUGUAAAUCUAUCUAUUAACGCAUGCGUGCGUGCGCUUUA